AGUGAGAAGUGAGAAGAAUGAGCAAUACAAGAUCUUAAUUUCUUUCACAAAUCACAAUGGUUACUUGUCCUGGUUCCAUAAUAAUCCAUUUCUUCCUCUUCUCAGCGCCUCUCCUUUCAGUCUUAUGGUCUUGUUCAUCAGUUUCUGCAUUGAAACCCCGUGCCUUCAUCCUCCCCAUCGAGAAAGACCCAACCACCCUUCAGUACUCAACUUCCAUCGACAUGGGUACCCCUCCACUCACACUAGAUCUAGUCAUCGACAUCAGAGAACGCUUCCUAUGGUUCGAGUGCGGCAACGACUACAACUCCUCAACCUACUACCCUGUCCGAUGUGGGACUAAGAAAUGCAAGAAAGCCAAGGGCACGGCUUGCAUUACAUGCACCAACCACCCUCUUAAAACAGGAUGCACCAACAACACGUGUGGUGUAGAUCCAUUCAACCCCUUCGGCGAGUUCUUCGUGAGUGGAGACGUGGGUGAAGACAUCUUGUCCUCGCUGCACUCAACAAGCGGUGCACGAGCACCUUCCACUUUGCACGUGCCACGCUUCGUUUCUACAUGUGUGUACCCAGAUAAAUUUGGGGUUGAGGGCUUUCUCCAGGGCCUGGCUAAGGGCAAGAAAGGAGUUUUAGGCCUUGCAAGGACUGCUAUUUCCUUACCAACACAACUCGCAGCCAAAUACAACCUUGAACCUAAGUUUGCACUUUGUUUACCUUCAACUUCAAAGUAUAAUAAGCUUGGUGAUCUCUUUGUUGGUGGUGGGCCUUACUAUUUGCCACCUCAUGAUGCUUCCAAAUUUCUUUCCUACACUCCAAUUCUCACCAACCCCCAAAGCACAGGUCCAAUCUUUGAUGCUGAUCCUUCCAGCGAGUACUUUAUUGACGUGAAGUCAAUCAAGCUUGACGGUAAAAUUGUUAACGUUAACACCUCCCUGCUUUCUAUUGACAGACAGGGAAAUGGGGGCUGCAAACUUAGUACCGUAGUUCCUUACACCAAAUUCCACACUUCAAUAUACCAGCCACUUGUGAAUGACUUUGUAAAGCAAGCAGCGCUUAGGAAAAUAAAGAGAGUGACUUCGGUGGCACCAUUUGGGGCGUGCUUUGAUUCAAGAACCAUUGGCAAGACCGUUACUGGACCCAAUGUGCCGACAAUUGAUCUGGUUCUCAAGGGGGGAGUUCAAUGGAGAAUCUAUGGUGCCAAUUCAAUGGUCAAGGUUUCUAAGAAUGUGCUGUGCCUUGGAUUUGUGGAUGGAGGUUUGGAGCCAGGAAGUCCCAUUGCAACUUCGAUUGUGAUUGGUGGGUAUCAGAUGGAGGACAAUCUUUUGGAGUUUGAUCUUGUUUCCUCAAAACUUGGUUUUAGCUCCUCCCUUUUACUCCACAUGGCUAGCUGUUCCCACUUCAGACUUGUUUGACUUUUCACUUUCGAUCAUUUCAGCAAAGUUUGGUUCAUUUGGUGAUGACUGAUGAAUAAAUUUUAUUUGCCAUUGUAAUCGUAUGGAAUAUAUGCUCAUUUCACUCUCGGUGUGUUGGGAUAAACCAAACAUUCUAAGUUUGUUGUGUAUUUAUUUCAUUAUAAGCACUAGUCAGUAAGCAUUUUCAUUUUUGUUCCA